GUGAGUGCACGGCGAGGUGUAUUUAAUAAAAUGGGGAAACUUUCGUUGACGAGUUGUCGAGGGGGAAAUUAUUUGCGUGCGGCACGCUGCGAGUGCGCCAAUCAACACACGUGGAGGGUGUGUGACGCCGUUGCCCCCCCGGGUGCUGCUCAGCGUAAAGAGGAGGAGAACAUAGCUCGUUUUUUUUGGGCCGGAAGGUGCGUCACUGCCGGGUGGCGACAUCGUAUGGAGGCGUACAUGCCGUGCGUGGUGGUUGAAGCGGUUUCUUGUUUUUUCCUCAGCCUCGCUGAGGUGCUUCACUUCCACGAGCACCGCGGUGCGGCUGGGAGGCGGGCGAUUGCGGCUGGGUUGCUAGUGGCGGUGGUGUCGCUGCGAGAGCUUGUUUUUGUGGCUGCAGAGUGA